AGAAAUGUCAGAUGUCAUGUCAACAACAAACGUCAAAACAAGAUUCACGAUUUUUUGUUUUCCUGUUUCAUUAUUUCCGAGAUUCCUCAAAAAUUUCUUCUUGUAACCGUGGUAUCUUGAUUGUAGUUAUUUAUUUGUUAAAUCCAAGCACCCUGUCGUGAAGCAUUUCGAAAUUGCUAAUUAUAUUGAAUACGUUGUUAUUUUUGGGUGUACUAUUUUUGUCCGCUCUGUGCUCCACAUUCGGGACAUGAAUAUAAUUUGACAAGCAGGAAAAGAAUGUGCUUCCUGGAUGCAGACCUCACCCAGCAGUGAGCCCCUGUGAUGGUGAUGACUGCGAGCGGCGCCUCCGACGCGCUCCGGGAGCGCCUGCCGGUGCUGUGGCGGGCCAUCGAGGAUGCCCACUACAGCUACCUCGAGACUGAUGACAGCCCGGAGAAGAUACAGCAGCGGACCAAGCUGGAAGGCUACAUAAUGGAGUACCUCUCACUAGUGCCGCACGAGUGCAAGUUUGGCCUGGCCGAGACCGGCAAGGUGUUCCAGAGGACUAUAGACGAGCUGCCAGACUUCAACGCGUAUAGGGCCGGGCUGGGCUGGGCCGCGCUGGCUCGGUAUGCGGCCAAUCUGCUGGCGCAGCCGUGGCGGAAGGAGUAUAAGACUUUGCGGCUAUACAGCGGCUACUACAAGCACGAGAUCGAAGCGAACAUGGUGGGCGCGGAGAGUCUGCUGCAGGCGCUGGGCUACAGGGCGGCGGGCGGCGCGCGCAUGAGUCUGCGGGCGCCGCCCUGCCCCGACAUGGUGGCCGCCGUGUCCCGCGACGCGCUCAUUGCGCACUGCGAGUGUAUUAUAAUGUGCCGCGUGUGGGAGCGGCUGUGGGGCGGCGGCGCGCGCGUCACGUGGGCCGACGUGGCGCGCGAGAGAGCAAGACCCUCCACCAACGGACAUUAUGGAGACGGCUCAUCUGAGAUCUACUCGAACGUGCACCCAACAGUCGAGGACGACAGACAACGCCUGCCCGAGAUCAAGCACCAUCCGAGCAGCCUCAACCACCACCGACCCUACCCAGACGAGGAGCCUAUAGUCCCCAUGAUACACCCCCCCUACAUGGUCCCCACCACCGUCGCCCCCAACAUGAUGUAUCAGAUGCCACAGAUGCAUCCAGAUGUCCCCGUCACCCUCCCGCAAUGCAACCCCGUGCCAAUGAUGACCCCUUACGGACCAGUGCCGUAUUACUACCCAGUACAAGCGCCAUACAUGAUGCAGACUCCUGUAUACGCGCCGAUUAAACACGCAACUAAUAUACCGGUUAAUGGGUACCCGCCUGCACCACAGUAUAGGUACCCGGCGGUCCCGACCGGCCAACUUAUAGAGCUGGAUUCGCCGUCUGUGUACGAAAAUGGGAAGUAUGAUAGGCAUAGGGAUGAUGAUAAAAGGAAGAAAGCAAGAGCGCCAGCAGAAAGUUCUAGAAGGAAUAGUACGUCGAAGUCUGGGUUUAGUGACGUUUCGCUACCUAGUCUACCUCGCUCGGAUACACAGCCCGCGCUGAGCAAAGCCAGAGAAGACGGUAUGGGUACCUAUGAGAGCUGGGACUAUGUGUUUAGGAACUUGUCCAGUAAAGACCAGGAUGUAUGCGAGAACCGCAGUCGGUAUUCCCCGUCUCUCGACAGAGAUUCACGCACCUUAGACAGGCUAGACCGGGACGAGAGGCGGUCGAAAUACCAGCCGACUACGCUGGACCUAGAAGAUGGUCUGCAAGCACUAACCCUUGACCGGUCGUACGACGAUGAGGUCUACAGGACGGCAAAAGUCAACGAGAAUCUGAUGAGGCUAAAGCAAGAGCAGGAGUCGAAAAGGGUUAAACACGUCAAAAAACAAGUGAGUGAGGAAAGGAAGAAAAAACCGCCGGAGCCAAUAGGAAACCCUGUUUCUGACGCUUUGAUAAAAGAGAAGACGGCAGCUGAUAAAAUAAGGUUGCUUAACAAGAAGGAUGUGAAAGAAAGGAAGGAGGUGUUGAAACAGCAGAAUGGUUCGGCGUCCACGGCGGAGAUGAAACGAGUGAAGAAAACGUUGAAAUCUGUUAGCGCUGAAGGAGACAAGCCGGCUAAGAAGUCUCUGGAAAAUGGACACCAUAGUGCUGCGCAUAGCUCCAGAAAUUCACCUGGUCCAUCAAACCACCAACAAAGCAACAGUUUCGAUCUCAAGACGCAUCUAGUCGUGUCACUAGACGACGUAGACUCCCGCCGCUCGCCGCCCAAACCCAGCCAGCCUAACGGGGACUUCGACACUCGCAGCGUUUCUAGUCAACACAGACACACACCAGAGGUCAACCACUCUGGUGACAGGAAGGAUAAGUGGGAGUGUGGUACUUGUACCUAUUUGAACAAGGGUGCGGCGGUCGCGUGUGAAAUGUGUGGCAAGUCCAAGAGGGGGCCAGAGAUUCAGCCGCUGACUUCUGGCGGUAGGGAGUGCCCUGCUUGCACUCUUGUCAACAAGAGGGAUGCUAGGUCUUGCGACGCCUGUGGCACUAGUCUAGAUCAUUGCCCGACCUAUAUUUGAGUUGGCAAGACAUCUCAAAAGGUUUUGCGUUUCGGGUAAACGGCACAAGUUUACGUUGCGGUUUUGUAUUAUUUUUGUAUUUUUAAAAAAUUAUAUUUUCGCUCAAAUUUAAGACGGACUUUUUGCUUCGCUUUUAACCGAUGGCAUCUACUAGCAUUUUUUGUUGUUGUUAAAUCUUUUUUUUGUAAGUUAUGAGAUGAGGCUCGGAUAUGAAAUAUGCGUAUUGUAUUGUAUGUAGAUAAGCUUUCCUUAUGUCAGAUUUAUCUAAAAUGUUAUAAAAUAUCUGGCCUAACUGUAGGUCGGUUUCAAAAUUACGGAAUCGUUCUUAGAUAACCUAUUUACCUGAAUGAAAGAUGUUAAUGAUAAGUUCUUAUUCUUACUUUAUUUUCCUGUUACUUAUACUACUACUUGUUAUAUAUUUUAUCUGUUGCUUUGUAAGACAGGGUAUAAUUAUAUUGAAUCGUAGAGUUUUUAUCACAAAGUUGGAAUUAGUUGAGUUUCUUAGAUCUUUGAAAUCACAUAAUCUAAAUUAUCUCAAAAUUGUUAUUUUAAUUAAAACAAAGCCUAUUUAUAUAAUGAUAGUGUUCGGUUAUUCGCCUUCGAAAAUGCUUUAAUCUUAGUAUGGAUAUAGAUAACUAAUGCUUUUAAUUUUUCGUUAUAAAUUAAAUUAUUGAAUCUGUGUAUAUAUUUGUUAGAGUUUGUAUAAAGUAGUAUUAAAUUAUUUUUACUUAGAGGUCAGAAAGUAUGUCUACAACGUAAUGAAAAAAUUAAGAGGUGGUUGAAUGUUUAUUUAGAAUACAAAUAAAAGAUAUUGUCACACUGUACAAGAAAUAUAUGUAUAUUUAUUGAUUUAAUCGUAAAUAUGUAACUUAAAACUAUGUCAAGUGAUAGUUGUUCACGUUUUAUACAAACAAUGUAAACUUGCACAGUGUAAAAUGAAUAAUAGUCAUAGAUUAGGCAAAUUAAAGCACUGAGGACGUGUAUUUUUCUAUAAAAAAAUAAAUAUAGUAGAUUUUUUCAUACAAAUUGUGCUUCAGCCCUAAGAUUAUUUGGUCGCUGUAUGGACAUUUCGUUGUUGCGAUAUUAUUGUAAUUACUUACAUAAAAAGAUAACACUAUUCAGAUAGAAGAAAAUGUACUAAAUUAAUAAAUAAAUAUUGUUUUAUGAA